UUUUUAACAACAGACGAGAGUUUCCGAAUAAAAAUCCCACGUGAAGUUGGAAGUUAGGCCUAGUCUACACCACAAAAUGGGGAAACUAAACGUUUCUAUUUUGAGAUAUUUAACGAAAGAAGACUUCAGAGUUUUAACUUCUGUUGAAAUGGGUAUGAAAAAUCACGAGAUUGUCCCUUCUCCUCUUGUGGCGUCCAUUGCACAUUUACAUGCUGGUGGGUGUCACAAAGUGCUGAAGGAGCUGGCCAAACACAAGUUGGUGUGCUACGAACAUGCAGGCAAAAAAGAGAAUGGCUACAGAUUAACAAAUAGUGGCUAUGACUAUCUGGCUCUGAAGGCUUUGACCAGUCGGGGCGUCAUCCAUUCUGUUGGAAACCAGAUAGGUGUUGGCAAGGAGUCUGAUCUUUACAUUGUAGCUGAUGAAGAGGAUCACCAAUAUGCUAUGAAGUUACAUAGGUUGGGUCGCACAUCAUUCCGACAGUUGAAAAACAAGAGAGAUUAUCACAAACACAGGAAGAAUGCGUCCUGGCUGUAUCUGUCCAGGUUGGCCGCUAUGAAGGAGUUUGCCUACAUGAAGGCUCUGUAUGAUAGAAAGUUUCCUGUUCCUAAGCCAGAAGACUUUAACCGCCACACUGUCAUCAUGGAGCUGCUGAGUGGACACCCAUUGUGUCAGGUACGCGAGUUGUCCGACCCUGCCCAGGUGUACAAUGACUGUAUGGAGCUGAUAGUCAGACUGGGAAACUGUGGCGUUAUCCAUGGUGACUUCAAUGAGUUCAAUCUGAUGGUGGACAACGAUGGAACCGUGACCAUGUACGACUUUCCUCAGAUGAUCUCCACAUCACACUACAACGCAGAAUGGUACUUCGACAGAGAUGUACGUUGCAUACGUGAAUUCUUUGCCAGGCGGUUUCAUUAUGAAAGUGAACUUUUCCCCAAGUUUUCAGAUAUAAGACGAGAUGAUAACCUAGAUGUUGAGGUGUCGGCUAGCGGAUUUACAAAGGAAAUGGCCAGUACAUUUGACGAGGCUGCUGACGAACUGAACAUCCUUAAAGGACCCGAGUCUUCAGAGAUUGCAGCAGAUGAAGAUGACGAUGAUGAAAAUGAAAUCGAUGAUGAAGAUGAAGAUGUGGAUGAAGAUGAAGAUAUGGAAACGGAAGCUGUACAAGCUAACACAACAACAUGUAGUGACAAUGUAACAGACUCCUCAUGUGUGAAGUGUGAGGAAGAAUGUCCAACAGAUAAUGUGUCGGAAACAAACGAGGCAUCAGCUGACCGUGAGGUAGACGACAGACUCGAGAAUUCAGCUGACCGUGAGGUAGACGACAGACUUGAGAAUUCAGCUGACUGCGAGGUAGACGACAGACUCGAGAAUUCAGCUGACCGUGAGGUAGACGACAGACUCGAGAAUUCAGCUGACCGUGAGGUAGACGACAGACUUGAGAAUUCAGCUGACCGUGAGGUAAACAAUAGGCUUUCUGAUGAGGAGUUAAGUGAGGAUGAACUGUUAGAGGAUUUAAGUGGUUUUAACAGAGCAUACAAACCUUUCAGAAAUGAGGAAAGUAUGGAGAAAACCAACACUCACUUGACACGACAGCACAGCUCUCUCAGUAUGUCCAGCAGUGCCUCCUCCCUGGAUCCUCAAUUGGUCAAAGAGAAGAUGAAGAGACAACUCAAACAGAAGCAUGAGAAAUUACACGCCCGCCGUAUCAGGAAGAAAGGGGAGGCCUCCAUUGUCACGCGAUCAAAGCGAGACACAAAACAUGACAUCAAAGACAGUCUCUCUGCUCAGUGGUAUUAAAUAUCGUGUAAGAAAAGCUAAAUAUCAUGUUAGAAAAUUAUAAUACAUCUAUAUUGAAAUUAUUGUACAACAUGUUUGUAAAUUGAUUGAAAAUGUUUUAAAAUAAACCCAAUUAUUACCAGA